AUGGCCGCCAACAGCUCUCCAGAUUACAAAUCUCUUUAUGUACAGGAACAGGAGAGGCGGAAGCAGGCAGAAGAUGAGGGCAGACAGGAGAAAGAGAAACGUGAACAAGCUGAAGCGCGCACCCGACCGACCAAUUUCGUGGAGUUCUUAUGCCAUUCCCAUAACCUGCUCUCUCGACCGUUGAGAGCCGACACACCAUCUCGUUCGACCACAGGGAAAAUACCCCUUCCUACCGGGAAAUAUUGCCCAACACGGUUGGAACACUGGGCCGAUUGCCCAGAACAAAUGUCGGAGCUCUACAGGGGGGCGCCACAUUCGUUCUCAUCCUUACAUGAGUUACAAGGGUUAGGCCGACGACUUUGUCGUAAGCCUAUAAGCUGUGAGCAAGAACUCGAAGCCUAUGAGCGAUUUGCCGUGGAAGAACAUGUCCACGACAUAGUUACUGAGUUGUGCAAACUCCCCGCUGCCCGCGAUGAGCUCUGCCUUGGGGAUGGCAUCCAGUUCAGCAACCAUACUAAUUCCCUGAACGAUAACGAUACCACUGAAGCGGAUGCAAGCCAACCGUCAAGUGUACCCAACCCAAGACCUGAUCAGUUCUGCAUCCAUCGUGUCGACGGCAACACUGCAACUCUCCUCACGACUGUCGAGUAUAAGCCGCCUCAUAAGCUUCCCGUCGCAACCCUUCGGAUAGGGCUUCGAUCAAUGGACUUAUGGAAGGAUAUGGUCAAAUCGAAUAAAAUACCUACGAAUAAGGAAGCGAAGUUGAGGUAUAAUGCAGAGCGCCUCGUCUGCUCCGCUAUUGUCCAGGAAUACCAUGUGAUGAUUCAGGAAGGGCUCGAGUACUCCUACGUCACCAACGGGAUUGCUCGUGUCUUCCUCCGUGUUCCAUAUGAUGAUCCUAGCACGCUUUAUUACUUCUUAUGUGAUCCUAAUAGCGAGGUAGAUGGAGAUGCUGAAGAUAGUUUCCAACAACCGAAGACUUCUAUUGCAAGAACCCUAUGUCUGUGUUUGAUGGCCUUUCGCUCACCUACGCGUGGCCAGGAAUGGCGAAAUUCCACACGACCAGAGCUUCCUCUUUGGACGACCGGCUUUGACCACACUCGUUCUCAGAUUCCCAAAGUAGAACUGCAGCAGACCCUUGCCCACUCCGAUAGCACAGUCCUGGAUUACACGAGUCCGGAAUCCGGUUCGGCUUAUGAGCCUCCGUCAUCUCCGCCGGAUUCCCCAACGACAGCAGCUCGCCGAUUGCCUACAAGGUCCCAGGCCAGAUGUGCACCGUCGGGUGUACAGCAUCGCUCGCAAUCUCCAGACUCAUCAGGCUCCGAUUCGAACCAAGCAAUAGGCCGCAAAAGGGGCAUUAGCCAAGUUACAUCCUCCCCAUCUGCCCAACGAGCAGGUCGUCAACGGGACCCGGGGAUAACCAAGGCAAACAGGCGCCAUAUCGCAAUGCGCAAUUUUGCACGCAGCGAUUCUGGCGGUGUUCUAGACGACUGCUGUCCAAAUGUGGUGCUCCAUCGUCGAAGCAAAGACGAUCUCCAACAUCCAAUUACCUCAGAGGAUUUGGUGCGUUUACUAAAAGGACAAUUGGACGAAAACAUUGACCGAUGCACACCCCUUGGAGGUUGCGGGGCGUACGGUGCGCCGUUCAAACUUACUUGUGUCGUAUAUGGCUACACUGUCGUCGGAAAAGGAACUACGUCGGGGCUUUGGAAAGAAGUCUCCCGCGAAGCGCAGGUAUACCAAAUCCUGCGCAAGGCCCAAGGGUCUGCUGUGCCUAUUUUCCUGGGUACGAUCGACUUGGCGAAAAUUUACUUUCUUCAUGGAGCUGGAGAGAUUCGUCAUAUGCUCUUGAUGGGCUGGGGGGAGAAAGUACAGCAUCGAUGGAGCUGGCGCCUUGGCUUCACCGUGAAAUUCGUAGAUCAAACAAGGAAAUCAAAGCCUUGGGAAUCAUUCACGAAGAUCUACGGCGUGACAAUGUCCUUUGGAAUGAAGAACUUGGCCGAGCAUUGA